UCGACCAACUCUGCUGUAACAAUAAACUGCUUCAACUUGAGAACUUCGAAGACCUCAGCUUAUUUUUUGAAACUUGGAAGAUAUUCGUUGAAAUCCUGCACAACUUGCCACAACACCUCUGAUGAACAAAGGAACUAAGCCCAAAAAAAUUAUUAAUGUAUCUCUGAUUUGUCAGCAGAGGUUACAGUUCUCUAAGGAUAUGUGUGUGUUGUGUCAUCCAUGUUUGUGUAUUUUUUCAAAUUAUUAUUAUAAACAUCUCUCUCUAAGUCUUUGACUUGUGUCAGGUUUAUUGGCUGUAAUGAAGGGAAGGACUGUCAUCUGUUCAGGUGUUGAAUUACAUGAGAGAAACAGAAACUAAAUCAGGAAGGAUUUCCUGAUGAUCGUGUGCUCAGUCAAGACACUCUUGAGAAAACAGUCAAUGCUGAGUUGAAGGUUCAUCAGAGAUGAAGUACGCUUGUUUUACUCUAAUGCUUAUUGGUGGAAUUACAGACUCAAGAUCAGAUCAGUUUGCAGUAGUGGGAUCUGCAGAUCCUGUAUUUGCAUUUGCUGGUGAAGAUGUGAUUCUGCCCUGUUCAGUCAAACCCAACAUCAGUGUUGUGGACAUGAGAGUCGAGUGGUUUAGACUUGAUCAGAAAUACUCAGUAGUUCAUCUCUAUGAGGAUCAUGUAGACAGAAACACAGAGCAGAUUCAGUCCUACAAAGGGAGAACUGAACUCAAUCAUCAGCUGCUACAGACAGGAAACGCAUCACUCAGACUAUCAGCAGUGACAGUGUCUGAUGAAGGACGUUAUAAGUGUUUUAUUCAGUCCAGCUCCUCUUCUGAUGAUCCCAUGAGUGAUUUUAAAGUUGAAGCUGUAGGAAGUCCUCCAGUGAUCACAGUAGAUGGGUUUGAUCGUUCAGGAGGGCUUCAUCUACAGUGUGAUGCUGAAGGUUGGUAUCCUGAACCUGAUCUUGAGUGGCUGGACAGUGAAGGAGUCAGAUUGAGUCCAGAAACUACAGAAAUACACAGAAACACAGACAGAUUCAGUGUGAAACACACCGUCACUGUUCAUCAGAGAGACGGCAAGAUUCACUGCAGAGUCAGAGUGAGACACCACAUGCUGGAGACACUGAUCAGCUCCACAAGUAAUAUGUAUAUUUACUGGAGGACAUCAGUAACUGUGAUUUCAGUCUCAGUUGUGGUCACUGUGAUUGCUGGAAUACUGAUUGCUGUUGCUGUUUAUAAAUACAGAGAACACAAACAACUACAGCGUGAGAACAGCAGUAUGAAAAGUGCUAUCAAUCAUUUAAGAAAACUCAUGGUGAAAGUGACUCUAGAUGCUGAAUCUGCUCAUCCUAACCUCAUCGUGUCUGAAGAUGGAAAACAAGUGAAAUGUGGAAACACACAAACAGUGAAUGAGGAAAAUAACAGGUUUACUGAAUAUCUUGGUGUUGUGGGAAAGGAGGGAUUUUCUUCAGGGUGUUUUUACUUUGAGGUGCAGGUGAAGGAUCAAACUGUGUGGUAUUUAGGAGUGACCAGAGAAUCUGCUGACAGGAAGGACUGGAUCCGUCCGAGUCCUGGGAAUGGAUACUGGACUCUGAGUCAGAUAUAUAAAGAGUAUAAUGCUUCAAGUGUCUCUCUUUCUCUGAGUGUGAUACCUCGGAGAAUCGGUGUGUUUGUGUAUUAUGAGAAGGGUUUAGUCUCUUUUUAUGAUGUUGACUCCAUGUCUCAUAUCUACUCUUACACUGGUCAGGCUUUUAAUGAGAAACUCUGUCCUUUUGUGUGUUUGGGGUAUUAUAGGAAUAAAAACUCUACACCACUGAUUAUCUGUGAUGUUACUAAUGAGGAGAGUGAAUGAAUUUAUAUGAUUAGGGGAAGUAAAAGAAAACAUGGCUCAAAAUAAUAAUAAUAAUAAUAAACAUAAUGUUUAUAAUAUUCAUAUAUUAGUGUCAAACAUUUGCACACACAAUUGUGAUUUUGUUUUGUCAUUAUAAAAUCUUUCUAAUGUAAUAACUGAAUAAUUGU